AUGGCCUCUACCCAGCGAUCGGCUCUCAAGGACGUUGUCACCCGUGAAUACACCAUUCACAUGCACACUCGUGUCCACGGUGUCCAGUUCAAGAAGCGUGCUCCUACCGCCGUCAAGGAGAUCAAGGCUUUUGCCUACAAGCACAUGGGCACCAAGGACGUCCGUCUCGACCCCCAGCUGAACAAGGAGAUCUGGAAGCAGGGAAUCAAGGGUGUGCCAUACAGACUGCGCCUGCGCAUCUCGCGGAAGCGUAACGACGAGGAGAAGGCCAAGGAGCCCCUGUUUUCAUACGUCCAGGCCGUCAACGUCAGCUCGUUCAAGGGUCUUCAGACCACCGUCGUCGAGGAGUCAUAG